AUGAACAACAGCUAUUGCUAUUCUCACAACAAGACUCCAUAUGAGCUAGUAUAUGGCAAUAAGUCUCGCAGAAAUUGCACAUUAAUUGCUGAAUUAUUUUUAAAAAAUAUUCGGGAUGAAGAAGACAUAUCUGAAAUGAUUGAGAUAGAAAAUUCUGAUGAUAUUGAAAGCUUAGAUAAUGAUCUUGAAGAUGUCGACGAUACUAGAGACAACAAUACUUCGAAUACAUCACCUAAAAGU